UUAUUAAAGAAUUGAGAUGAUAAUCCAUCAUUUACAGUAAACUUAAAAGCAACUGAUUCUUGUUCACUGCAAUCUCUCUUUAUCAUCUUCAGAUUUCUUCUCUUUCAAUCAUUCUGAAAUACUUUCACUCACAAACCUCUCUGAAACAGCAUCCAUUGAUUUCCUCUGUUUGCACCUUACUUGCCUUGUUACUUUCUCUCUUUCACUUUCUUUAUUUCAGCUUUUUUUUCCCCUAAUUUCUGUUUUCUUUUUUCUUGAAAAAUUUUUCUGAUUUCUUCCAAAAAAAAACCUUUUCGCGUUCGGUUAUUUCUCAAUUACCAGAAAAAAAAAUCCGUUUCUCUUGUUUAUUUUUAAUUUCCGCAGUUGUGCUUUAAUUAUUUUUAUUUUCUUUACUUCUCUUCUGCUUUUGAAACCUGAAAAUAGUUUAAAAAAUGGUUGAUGUUGCUGGGAGUAUUGGGAGGGUGGUGAGUCCUGUCCUCGAAGUUGGCAAACGGUUGGCUGCUCCGAUUUGGCAUCAAUUUAAGUACUUGUACAACUACACUACCAAUUUCAAAAUUCUGGAAAAGGAAGUUGAUAAGUUGAAGAAUACAAGAGACGAAAUUCAACGUAAGGUUACUGCAGCUGAAAGAAAUGUGGAAGAGAUCAAACAUGAUGUUAAUGUGUGGCAGAAAGAUGUGGAGAAGACGAUUACUGUAGCAGAGCAGUUGAUUCAAGAAAAAGCAAACAAUCCACGAUGUUUCAAAGGAUUGUGCCCCAACUUCAUCAUUCACUACAAACAAAGCAAGAAAGCAUUCAAAUUAAAGUGGGAUGAUAUCGAUCCACUCUUCCAACAAGAAAAGGAAUUCGAUCGUGUUUCCUUUCCUGUUAAUCCACCAGAGAUAUGGCUUACAUCUAAUGAUGAUUAUUUGGCUUUUGAAUCAAGAAACUCCAUUGUGAAGAAUGUAUGGGAAGCUCUAAAUGAUGAGAAUGUGUACAUGAUUGGCGUUUAUGGGAUGGGUGGUACUGGGAAGACCACUCUUGUGCAGGAAAUCGGUAGGAAAGCUGAGAAGGAUAAGCUCUUUGAAGAGAUUGUUUUUGUAGAGGUAACAGAAUCUCCUGAUACAAAAAAGAUUCAAAUAGUGAUUGCAGACAACUUGGGUCUAAAAUUCGAAAACGAAAGUGAAAUGACAAAGAAGCUAUAUUUAAGAAUGAAGGACAAGAAUAUUCUUCUAAUUCUAGAUAAUAUUUGGGAACCUUUAGAAUUUGGCAAGACUAUAGGAAUUCCUUUCAUAGCUGAUCGUGGAAGAAAUAAACUUCUGUUCACAACAAGAAACUUAGACGUGUUGGAGAAAAUGGAUUGUUCAAAAAAUUUCAAGAUGGGCAUUUUAAACGAAGAAGAAUCUUGGACCCUAUUCACCAAAACAGCAGGUAAUGCUUUUCAAAGAUGUGAAUUGAGUUCUUUACCAAAUGAUAUUUGCAAGGAAUGUGGUGGAUUGCCUAUUGUAAUUUGUACAGUCGCAAAAGCAUUAAAAAAUAGGUGUCAUCCAUCUGAUUGGAAAGUUGCCUUACAAGAAUUGAGAGAGCCACCAAAAAGGUUCAUAGGAUUGCUAGAAAAGGAACAUAUGAAGAUCGCGUUAAGUUAUUAUUAUUUAAGAGAUGAUGAACUUAAGAAGACUUUUUUAAUUUGUAGUCUAAUGGAAAACAAUGCUUCCAUUUUAGACUUAUUCAAACAUGUUGUGUGUUUGGAUAUACUUGAAGGUGUUAACUUAACAAUGGAAGAUGCAAGGAAUAGACUAGAUAAAUUGAUUCGCGAUCUCAAAGACACAUCUUUGUUACUAGAUGGGUUCAGAAGUGGACAUUUUGCUAUGCAUGAGGUUGUUCGUGUUGUUGCUAUAAAAAUCGCAUAUGUGGAUCACCAUGUAUUUACAAUGGGAAAUGAUGUUGAACGGGAAUGGAAGGAUAGGGAUAAACUCAAGAAAUGCACAAAAAUCUCUUUACUUGGUAGAAGUAAUAUUAUUAGUCAGCUUUGGCCAAAUGAUUUGGAUUGUCCAAAUCUUGAAUAUUUUUAUAUGUCAAACUCUUCUUUCGAAAUGCCAAAGGACUUCUUCACUAAAAUCUCUUUACUUGAUAGAAGUAAUAUUAUUAGUCAGCUUUGGCCAAAUGAUUUGGAUUGGCCAAAUGAUUUGGAUUGUCUAAAUCUUGAAUAUUUUUAUAUGUCAAACUCUUCUUUCGAAAUCCCAGAGGACUUCUUCACUAUGAUGUCACAGCUCACAGUGUUGAAUUUAGUCAAACUACAACAAUCAUCAUUGCCGUCAUCAAUUGAUCUUUUGAUAAAUCUUCAAACAUUGUGUUUAGACCAUAGAAAAGUUGAAGAUAUUUCUAUUAUUGGAAAGCUAAAGAAACUAAAAGUCCUUAGCUUGAAUCAUUCAUGUAUUAUGGAGUUUCCUAUAGAAUUGGGUCAAUUAACUCAACUAAGGUUUUUAGAUUUAAGCAAUUGCUGGAAAUUGAAAAUAAUUGCUCCAAAUGUGAUAUCACAAUUCUCCCAAUUGGAAGAAUUUUAUGUAAAGAGAUGCCUUAUUAAGUGGAACAAUGAAGAACUAAAGGAGUUAAUGCUCUUAUCUAAUCUCACAAGUUUGGAAUUGGAUAUUAACGAUAACAAGAUGUUGCCUAAAGACUUCUUUUCUAGGGAGCUUAAAAGGUACAACAUAUCAAUAGGUGGUGGGUUUUUCCAAUAUCCAAAAAUGGUCAACAAAGAGGAGCGGUGGUUGAGGAUAUUUAAAUGGAUUUUCAAUUCUACUAUCAAGUUAGAAGAAUUAUAUGUGAUCAAGAAUGUUGAACUCUUAGGCUUAGCCGAAUCUUCAGAUUAUGAAAAUGAUAUUGAUGAAAUGCCAACAAUGCCAUUAUUUAACAAGAAGGUUAUUUUCACCAAUUUGUUGGCUUUGGUAUUGAACAAUGUUAGUUUUGGAAAGAUUUGGGAUAAUCAGCUUUCAACUUCUUCUUAUCAAAAUUUGACACAGUUGAUGUUAAAGGGGUGUAAUAAAAUAACAUAUGUGUUUCCAUUUUCCAUAACAAAAAGUCUCCAACAACUCCAAUACCUUGAGAUAAAAUCUUGUGAGGCUUUAGAGAAGAUCAUUGAAGAAGAAGGAGAAAAAGUUGUUAAUUCUAUCUUUCCACAGUUAACUCAAUUGGAGCUUAUAAAUUUACCAAAACUUACAGUUUUCUAUCUUGGAAUUCAUGCUUUGGAAUUGCCAAUGUUAAAAAAUUUCUGCAUAUACAACUGUCAAAAAUUCACUUCAAGAUAUCCAGGCUUCCAAGAUUAUAAUGAGGAGGGUGAAGUUCAUAUUUCAGACCUGAGAUUCCUUUGCUUGGAGCAUAAGAUCAAUCCCAAUUUGGAGGUAUUGGAAUUAAGGAAUGGUUUGAGCAAUAUAUCUUGGAAGAGUCAAUCUAAAGAUCUUGAAAUCUCUAAAGAUAAGUUAGCAAGUAUUCCAGUUGGACUACUUCAAAUAUUUAAAAGUAUAAAAAAGCUCAGACUAGAUUCCUGUGCAUACAGAAAAAUUAAGAGCCUAUCUUAUGUUCCAAAUCUUGAAGUUCUAGAUGUAGAGUUUUGCCAUGAAUUGUUGAGUCUACUGCCAUCCUCAACUUCUUUUCAGAAUCUUAAAGUUCUCAUAGUAAGUAACUGCAAUGGAUUAGUUAACUUAACAACACUUUCAACAAUUAAAAGCUUAGUGCAGUUGAGAGAAUUGAGCAUAUCAGACUGUCGAAUGUUGAUUGAAAUAGUAGAAAAAGAGGGAGAUGCAACAUCAAGUAGUGAAAUUGUUUUUAACAAUUUGAAGAAGUUGUCAUUUAAACGGUUAGAAAGUCUCACGUGCUUCUCCUCAGGGAAUUACUUUUUCAGUUUCUCAUUAUUUGAAGAGUUUAUUAUAGAAGAAUGUCCCAAUAUGAAAACUUUCUCUCAAGGAAGCUUAUGCACGCCAAAGUUACUCAAAAUCAAUUAUGGUCGAAGGUGGAAUCAUACUAAUAAUCAGUGGGAGAAAAUGGAAGUAGAGAUUGAGGGGAAUGAUCUUAAUAAAGCCAUACAAAGUUCAUACGAAAAGCAAAACCAGGACAUCUCCCUUGAUCUGAAGUUGUUGACGUUGAAAGAUGAUAAUUCUAUGGAGAUUUGCUACAACCAACAUCCAACUUCCUUCUAUCAAAAUUUGACACACUUGAUCGUUUGGAAAUGUGAGAACAUAAAAUAUGCGUUUCCAUCUUCCAUUGCCAAAAGCCUCCACCAACUCCAACAACUCAAGAUACAAAACUGUAAGGUUUUAGAGGAGAUUGUUGCAAAAGAAGAAGGAGCAAAUGCAGUUGUCAAGUUUAUCUUUCCUAAUGUAACCUUAUUGAAGCUUGAAGAUCUACCAGAACUUGCUGCUUUCUAUCCUGAAAUGCAUACUUCAGAAUGGCCAAAGUUGAAAGAGUUGGUGGUGAGAAAUUGUGACAAAUUCACUUCAAAAUAUCUAAGCUUCAGAGAGAAUAAUGAGGAGAGCGAACUUAAUAUUUUGGAUCCGAAAUCUAUUUUCUUGGAGUAUGAGAUCAAUUCUAAUUUGGAGGUAUUUGAAUUGGAGGAUGGUGUGAGAAAGAUUAGCUGGCAGAGUCAAACUAAAACUCUUAAUAUCUACUAUGAUGACUCAACAAAUAUUCCACUUGGACUCCUCCAAAGAUUUUACAAUUUGAAAGAGCUCCAACUAUCUGAUAGUCAAUACAAAGAAAUUAUUAGCAUUUCUGAUCUUCCAAAUCUUGAAGCUCUACAUGUAAGUUUCUGUAAUAGAUUGAUGAGUCUAUUGUCAUCCUCGGCUUCUUUCCAGAGUCUUAAAGUUCUCAUACUAUUCAAGUGUCGAGGGCUGACAAUGAAGUUAAUAACACCUGCAAUGGCAAGAAGCUUGGUACAGUUGAGAGAAAUGGUCAUAAAAUCUUGUGGAAUGCUAACUGAAAUAGUAGAAAACGAGGAAGAUGCAACAACUGAAAUUGUUUUUAACAAUUUGAACAAGUUGUUACUUAAACAGUUAGAAAAUCUUACAUGCUUUUGUUCUGGGAAAUACUCUUUCAAUUUUCCAUCAUUGGAAGAGUUAAUUAUAAAAGGAUGCCCCAAUAUGAAGAUUUUCUCUAAAGGGAUCUUAAGCACACCGAAGUUACACAAAAUUCUUUAUGAGAUAGAGGAGGUAGAGAUUGGGAGGACUGACUUGAAUGCAAGUAUACAACAAGCACAUAAAGAAAAGGUUGACUCCUUUUUGAAGGAAUUGACGUUAUGUGGCAAAGAUAUCAUGUCAAUUUCACAAGGAGAGUUACAAGAGAACUUUGGCAAAGUAUUAACUCUUCAAUUAAUUAAGGAUGAAUAUGCAUAUAUUCCAAUUCAUAUUCUUACAAAGUUUACCAGCCUUGAAGAACUCAUAUUGAAAGUGAAUUCAUAUGAAGAGAUAUUUUCAUGUGGAGAAGGUGAGGAAUAUGAUGGAGCAUUAGCAAAAUUAAAAGUUCUAAAAUUGCAAGGACUUUUUAAUUUGAAAUGCAUUUGGAAACAAGAAUUUCGUUUCAAAUCAAUUCUUCAUAAUCUUCAAUGUUUAUGGGUACAAUAUUGUCACAAUUUGAUGACUUUACUACCAUCAUCAUCUUUUGAAAAUCUAAAGUCUCUAAUGGUAUGGCACUGCAAUGGUAUGCAAAACUUAAUGACAUCCUCAACAGUCAAAAGUCUGGUGUGUUUGGAAAGCUUGUCAAUAGAAGAAUGUGGAAUGAUGGUAGAAGUAUUAGCAAAUAAGGAAGAUAUGGAGAAAGGUGAAAUUGUUUUUGAGAAAUUGAAAGAGUUGUCCUUGUUUAAUUUAGAAAGUCUCACGUGCUUCUUUUCUGGGAAUUACACCUUAAAAUUCCUAUUCUUGGAAUCAUUACAUGUGAGGAAAUGCUCCAAAAUGAAAACUUUCUCUAGAGAAGGCUUAAACAUGCCAAGGUUAGAGUGGGUGAAUUGGGAAAAUUGUUCUAUUGACCUUAAUUCGGUCACACAACAAUUACAAGAUGAUUGCUCAAAGUUAUGGGAAAGAUUCCCAUAGUUCCCAUGGUAGCAACUGCAAAAUCACAUGAGUUAGGUGUCUCCAAUGGCUAACAGCCAUGAUUCUGUCCUUAGCACUGACUCCUGUAAGUUUUCUCUAGUAUUCAGCUUCCUGGGUCAAUUCACAGUCAAUUUUGAACUAACCAUAUACACCAUGCGCAUUCUGUGGCCUAUGUUCUCUGUAAUCUUAUCAAAAUCAUUGAUGGUCUGUCCACUUAGCUGCCAGAAAUCCAGUUGGAUCUGAGUUUCUGUAGUGCUUCUGUUUUCUUCAACGGUUGAAUCUGCUGUGCUUCUGUUUUCAUCAACAGUUGACAGGGGAAGUUUUGAUUUCAUUGCUUAGAAUGUACUCUUCUGAUUUCUUCAUGAGCUACACAUCCAAUGGGACACAGGAAAAGCUGAAGCUUUACAUAUUCUCAAGUAAGCUAUAGUUGGUGUGGAAUUGCCAACUGUAGAGAUGAGAUGUAAGAAUUUGAGACCGGAAGCUGAUUGUGACAUUGCUCAUAGAAUGCCCCUCCCAACUCUAUGGUUCAUUUUCUGUUAAGCCUGGAAGGUAAUAUGAAAGAUUUAUGUUAUGUUUGUUUGAUUCGCUAAUUUACUCAGUUUUGCUUCCGUUUUCUUCAGCUAAUUGACUUCUCCAUGGUGUGCUAUCAUAGUUUGGUUUCCUGAUGUACUCAGUUUUGCUUCCAUUUUCUUAAGGUAACAGGGGAAAAGUUUUCUUCAAUGGUUACCGGUUGGAUGAGUUUGUUCCCAGAAAACAUCGGCUUAUAUAUGCCAAAAAGAUCUGCAUUUUGCAGAAAUGAAUGAGGGAAACAUGUGAUUUUUCUACCUGAUAUCUUGGUGUUGGAAACCAAGGAAGUAGGCUUCUUUAAAUUUAAUUCAAUGAAGUUUUAGUCAUAGCCACCUUAUUAAUUCCCGUGAAUAUUUGAUAUGUACAGAGCUUUUUUUUUCUGCCUGUGUGGAUAUGAUGAUGGAAGUCAGUAAAAGAGAAUAGCCAGGGAUUGUUCCAGAUAUAGACAUAGAUACUUUUGAUUCUGUUUUCUUCAACAGAUGAUGGGAAGUUUUUCAAAUACGGCUACAAGCUAGACGAAUUUGGACCCCAGAUAAAAAUCAUCACCUUAAACAAGCCAAGACGUUCUGCAUAUAGCGGAAAAGGCUACUGAGGGAACACUAGAUUUUUCUGCCCGAAGUCUUGGUGAUGGAGAAUGAGGAGGUCAGUAAAAGAGAGAAGGCAGGAAUUGUUCUGGAUCCACUCGUAGAUGCUUAUCUUUAACAUGUUUUCUAGUUUCGGUCUGAUUUCUUUUUGAUGGAGCUGUAACCAUACUUUCUUUGGCUGAUUUUUAUCUGUGCAAAUGUUUUAAGUUUAUAUAUCUCAGUUCUGUUUUUGGCUUCCCAUAUCCUUGCAGUUGAUAUCUGCGCUGAAACAAUGGUGAGAGAUGACAUAGGAAGAGGCAUCUCUCGUUGUCAACCAAGGAUACGACUACAGGCAACUUACUCCCUGGGUGCUCUGUUUUUGGAUGGAUGAAGCAAUUACUUAUGGUUUGUGCUAGAGUUGACAAUUUUCAACAUGUGUUGUUAAUCUGAAACAACACAAAUAUAAUCCGAUAACACGAACUGUCAUGUCUAUUUUGUGCUGACACAUUGCUUUCUAUUAUUUGAAUAAGGAGUCUACAUUCAGUUACAGUCUGCUUGUGUAGAAAACUAUAAAUUUUUGGAGAUGUUAGGAGCCUCUAAGGCUAAGCUCCGAGAUCCUUUGAGAUUCAUUAAUGUUGAAGGACCACCUUGUCCUUCGAAUUAAAUAAUCAGAUUCAUUACCUGUUUCUCUA